AUGCGGGCGGACCGCGCCGCUCAAAGAGAGAGGUGGGAAGGCCUCCUGGCGAAUAUCCCACUCCAGGUUUUCACGGAGACACUACGCGUGGACCGCAACGUAUUUGAUUACCUCGUCGAUGCAUAUGUCAGCCGGCAUGGUACUGGGCGAAGAGUAGUUGCUGUGGAGACGGUGGUGGCAAUGACGCUGGUCUAUUUAGGAACCGGAGCCACGUAUCGUCAAUUGGGGCUACAAUUUGGCGUGGCGCCUCAACAUGCACAACGCCUGAUCCGGCAAUUCAUUGUCUUCGUCAAGGAGCAGCUAGGCCCGCUGUGGGUGAAAUGGCCAGAGGCCGAUGAGCUAGCGGGCAUGGCCGACGACUUCCGUUACGAGGGGGGUAUUCCCGGGGUGGUCGGCGCGGUGGAUGGGACAUUUAUAAAAUGCCGAGGCUUUGGACGACACAAGGACGAUUUUAAAAACAGGAAGGGUUUCUACAGCAUAAUACUACAGAUUAUUUGUGACUCUAACGGCAUCAUUUGGAGCUACCUAGCCGGCUACCCGGGAUGCGUAAACGACGCACGCGUCUUCAACAAUUCUACUGCUAAGAGACGGAUAGAGGCGGGGGAUAUUGGAGACUACUUGCUCGUGGCGGAUGCGGCGUACGCGCACCAGAACCACAUUUGCCUUCCAUACCGCGCUACGCCCGGCGUGGCCCUGCCAGAAGCACAAGACAAGUGGAACACACAGCAGAGCAGGCAACGCAUUAUUAUAGAGUGCGUGAACGGGAGAUUGAAGGGAAAGUGGCGCGUGCUCGAUGAGCGUAUGGAAUGCCAUACGCGGCUCGUGCCUCAGACGGUUGGAGCAUGCAUAGUGCUUCAGAACAUCGAGCUGACCAUUGGGUCCCGUGACCGCCUUGGUCCGCCGAACGUCCGCGACCGAUGGUGGCUGGACGGGCCUGCGGCACGGCUGCGACUUACCGGACCGAGUGUUCGAGGGUUCAAUCCUCAGCUUCGGAGGAGGAGGUGGACCGCGGCGAUCUACGCCUCCUGGCUCGUCGCGCAUCCCGAAAAUCGGCGAACGCCGCACGGGUAA